AUUUAUUAUGCCACUCUUGAAAAUUAUUACAGGUGAAAAACCUCCUCUUGGGCUGACAUUAACUUUUAUGUCUCACAGUAACCAGUGAACUAAAGGUAUUAAGUAAAAGUUCAAAUUCAAUAUCAGAUAAUAUUCUAAACUGCCUGUGCUCAUGGGAAUCUCAACAGUGAAGGCAUAAAGUGCCCCUGUUUGUUGUUAAGCAUGUGUGUAUCUACACAUAUCAGAACGUCUGUGUGUUGAGAAGUAAAAUGAUAUGCUGUGAUGGGUGGAAGCUAUUUUUAGGUACUUGGAAAAUGGAAGACGGGAGAGGCUAAAAGAUGGGGAAAAGACGGUUCUCAGGUUUGGAGGUGACCCUAAUGGUCAUGUUUACAUUGAUGUCUGUGGCAGCCAUCACUCUCAUAGUUCUGUUUUUCACCGGAGAACCUGGGGUUCUUAAAGAUGAAACUACUGAAGUAUUCAUUCCUCAGUGUCCCAACAUUCCUCUGGCUGAAAGAGUAGACUGUUUUCCUGAUGCUGGAGCCUCAAAGCUACAAUGUGAGCAGCGUGGAUGCUGCUGGAGCCCAUUGGAUGAGAGAAAUGUUCCCUGGUGUUUCUUCUCAACCAACCAUGGAUACACAGUGAAAUCAGUCGAGAAAGCAAAUCCUUAUGUCAUGAAAGCCCAGCUGAAGAGAAUGGCCUCUCCUUCUUUAUUUGGGGCUGAUAUACAAGAGCUGUCAUUUCACGCAGAAAUGGAGUCAAACAAUCGACUCCGAUUUAAGAUCUAUGAUGCCCACAGGCAGAGGUUCGAGGUCCCCCAUGAGCACAUCAGCAGCCUCAACAGUGACCCAUCCAGCCCCAUCAGCAACACACUGGAGAUGACAAACAACCCCUUUGGCCUUACUGUGCGCAGGAAGGAGAACAAAAAAGUCCUGUUUGACACUACAAUGGCCCCACUGGUGUUUGCAGACCAGUACCUACAGCUUUCUGCUAAGCUUCCAUCCCAUAAUAUUUAUGGCCUUGGAGAGCAUGUACAUAGACAGUAUCGCCAUGACACAAACUGGAAAACCUGGCCCAUUUUCACCAGAGACGCUUUCCCUAACGGGGGAACCCAUAACCUCUAUGGACACUAUCCCUUCUUCCUCUGUCUGGAAGAUGAGAGUGGAAAGUCAUUUGGGGUCUUUCUCAUGAACAGCAAUGCUAUGGAGGUGACUUUGCAGCCCGCUCCUGCUGUGACCUACAGAACGAUUGGAGGAGUCCUUGACUUCUACAUUCUCUUUGGAGACACACCAGAACAAGUGGUGCAGGAGUUCCUUGUGCUCAUUGGCAGGCCUGUCAUUCCUCCCUACUGGUCAUUGGGUUUCCAGCUUUCUCGGUGGGAUUACGGCAGCCUGAGUGAGGUCAAGAAAACAGUGGAGAGGAAUCGUGCAGUUAGCCUCCCAUAUGACAUUCAGUACACAGACAUUGACUACAUGGAGGAUAAGAAAGAUUUCACUUACGACAAAGUCAAGUUCAGCGAGCUGCCUCAGUUUGCCGACUAUCUUCAUGAAAAUGGACAGAGAUACAUCCUCAUCCUGGACCCUGCAGUAGCUACAAGUAAGAGGGUAGGGGAUGCUUCAUAUGACUCCUACGACCGUGGGACUGAGAAGAAUGCCUGGGUCACUGAAUCAGAUGGUAAAACUCCUCUGUUAGGAGAGGUGUGGCCAGGAGAGACUGUAUUUCCAGACUACACCAGCCAAAACUGCAUUGACUGGUGGGUUGAUGAGUAUGAGCGAUUCUCCAGGGAGAUCAAACAUGAUGCCCUCUGGAUUGACAUGAAUGAGGUAGCUAAUUUCAAGAAAGGCUCAAAUAAGGGCUGUGCUGAUAACAACCUCAACUACCCUCCCUACACUCCAAAGAUUCUGGAUGAGGUGAUGUAUAGUAAGACUCUGUGUAUGGAUGCCAAGCAGGCCUGGGGGAACCACUAUGAUGUCCACAGUCUGUAUGGCUACUCUAUGGUACUGGCAACUGAAAAAGCUCUGCAGCGUGUGUUUGGAGGAAACCGUACCCUGAUGUUGACCCGCUCCUCCUUUCCAGGUGUGGGAAAAUAUUCGGGUCACUGGCUGGGGGACAAUGCUGCCAACUGGAAUGACAUAAAAUGGGCCAUCCCUGGCAUGCUUGAGUUUGGGCUCUUUGGGGUUCCCUAUAUCGGAGCUGACAUCUGUGGAUUCUUUGACAACUCCAGUGAAGAGUUAUGUCGUCGCUGGAUGCAGGUGGGAGCUUUCUAUCCCUUCAGCCGGAACCACAACGCUCAGGGCUACAAGCCCCAGGAUCCAGCUGCGUUUGGCCCUGGCUCAACGCUGGUGGAGAGCUCUAAACAUUACCUGAGGAUACGAUACACACUUCUGCCUUACCUCUACACACUCUUCUACAAAGCCCACACCACAGGGGAGACUGUUGUACGUCCUGUCAUGCACGAGUUCUAUUCUGACAGCGCCACCUGGACAGUGGAACACCAGUUUCUCUGGGGAAAACACUUGCUCAUCACACCUGUACUGGACCCGGGUGUGGACAAGGUGCGGGCAUAUGUCCCAGACGCUGUGUGGUAUGACUAUGAGACGAUGGAACGACUGGCAGACCGCAGAAAGCAUGUUGAUAUGCAUCUACCAGCUGACAAGCUUGGUUUACACAUCAGAGGUGGUGCGAUCCUCCCCACACAGAGACCCAAUGUCACCACCACAUACAGUCGGCGUAACCCCAUGGGUUUGAUCGUUGCUCUUGAUGACAACAACCAGGCAGCUGGGGAGCUUUUCUGGGAUGAUGGAGAUUCCAGAGAAACCGUAAAAACAGGCAACCACAUCCACUACAUGUUCUCCGCUGUCUAUGGAGUGCUGACAAUGCAGGUGACCCAUGCUGGCUACAGGGACCCAAACAACCUGAAGUUUGAGAACAUUAUUGUACUGGGUGUGCCUCAUCCUCCCAUCUCCGUCUCUGUGACUCAUGUUAGCACCAGACCACAUGGAAACUCUACCACCACACUGCCGAACGCCAACAUAGAGUACAAUGGAGCCAAGAAGGUUUUAUUCCUGAGUGGCCUCUCCCUGACGGUGGGGGAGACCUAUCUGGUGCAGUGGGAACUGGAGGCAGAGGAGUACCAGCGCUUUGACUGCUAUCCAGAGGAGCAUGCAGAUGAGGCUAAGUGCAAGGCCAGAGGCUGCAUCUGGGAGACAAGCACCAUAGAACGUGUUCCAUGGUGCUUCUAUCCAAAAGACUUUGGAUACUCUGUUACAGCAACCAAAGAAAGCAACUCAGGCAUGACAGUUGAUAUCACUCGGAACAAGAAGUACAGGAGCAGUGGUCGCCCAGAGUCACCAGACAUUGACACACUCCGUGUUGAGAUCCACUACCACAGCAGUGACAUGCUGCAGUUCAAGAUCCAGGACCCGGCCACUCAUCGUUAUGAGGUUCCAGUGCCGCUGUCAGUUCCUGCUGCUCCUGAGACUAACGAGAACAAGAGGCUUUACAAGGUCCUUGUUACCAACAACCCAUUCGGCAUCCAGGUCAUAAGGAAAAGCACAGGAACCAAGAUUUGGGACUCCUCUGUGCCAGGUUUUACAUUCUCAGACAUGUUCAUCCAAGUGUCUACUAGACUGUCAUCAGAGUUUGUCUACGGCUUUGGAGAGACCGAGCAUCCCACCUAUAAACACAACCUCAACUAUCACACCUGGGGUAUGUUCUCCAAGGACCAGCCUCCUGGUUACAAGAUGAACUGCUAUGGAGUGCAUCCCUUCUAUAUGGGCCUUGAAACCACUGCUGAUGCUCACGGUGUGCUGCUACUAAACAGCAAUGCCAUGGAUGUGACUUUGCAGCCUACUCCAGCUUUAACCUACCGAACUGUGGGAGGCAUCCUGGACUUCUACAUGGUCCUGGGACCUACUCCUGAAAUGGUGGUGCAAGAGUACACUGCACUGAUUGGACGACCUGUUCUACCUGCCUAUUGGUCCCUUGGGUUCCAGCUCUGUCGCUAUGGUUACGCCAACUACCAGGAAAUAGCAGAUCUAUACAAUGACACGAGGGCAGCGGGUAUACCCUAUGAUGUGCAGUAUGCAGACAUUGACUACAUGAACCGUCAGCUGGACUUUGUCCUGGACCUGGAGUUUGAUGGACUGCCAGCCCUGGUUGACCAAAUGAGGGCAGAGGGCAUGAGGUUCAUCUUCAUUCUGGAUCCAGCCAUCUCAGGCAAUGAAACACAACCUUACCCUGCCUAUGUGAGAGGUAAAGCAGCGGAUGUCUUCAUCAAAUGGCCCAAAAAUAUCAGUGAUGAAAUUGUGUGGGGGAAGGUCUGGCCAGAUUACCCCAAUGUCACAGUAGAUGAAUCUCUGGACUGGGAUACCCAAGUAGAGAAAUACAGGGCGCACACCGCAUUCCCCGACUUCUUCCGCAAUACAACAGCAAAAUGGUGGAAUCAAGAAAUCCAGGAUUUCUAUGAGAAUACCAUGAAGUUUGAUGGCCUCUGGAUUGACAUGAAUGAGCCUGCCAGUUUCGUUCAUGGCACAGUUGGAGGGAAGUGUCUUGGUAAUCCACUUCUAGAACACCCUCCAUAUAUGCCAUCACUGGAGUCUAAACAUCUUGGCUUAAACCAUAAGACUCUGUGCAUGAACAGUGAGCAGAUACUCAGCAAUGGAAAGAAAGUCAGACACUACGAUGUCCACAACCUCUAUGGUUGGUCCCACACCAAGCCCACCUAUGAUGCCCUGCUGAAUGUGACAGGUAAAAGAGGCAUAGUGGUGACUAGGUCCACCUACCCCUCGAGUGGAAAAUGGGCUGGACAUUGGCUGGGAGACAACUUUGCCAGCUGGGACCAGCUAUACAAAUCCAUAAUAGGCAUGAUGGAGUUCAGUCUGUUUGGCAUCCCUUAUACCGGGGCAGACAUAUGUGGGUUCUUUAAUAAUGCUGAGUAUGAGAUGUGUCUCCGUUGGAUGCAGCUGGGUGCCUUCUAUCCAUACUCACGCAACCACAACGGCAAGGGUAACAUGAGACAAGAUCCUGUUGCCUGGAAUGCCACCUUCUCCGAGGCGUCCCGCAACGUCCUGAACAUCCGUUACACCCUCCUGCCCUACCUGUACUCACUGAUGUUUGAGGCUCAUACCAAAGGAAGCACAGUAGUCAGACCACUCUUGCAUGAGUUUGUGAAUGAUAAAACUACAUGGGACAUCUACAAGCAAUUCCUCUGGGGACCUGCUCUACUUAUCACCCCUGCCCUCGACCAGGGAGCCAGGAAUGUGGAUGGCUAUGUUCCUAAUGCACGCUGGUAUGACUUCCACACGGCCAAAGAUGUUGGAGUGCGCGGCCAAAUGGUUAGGAUGCCCACACCUUUGGACCAUAUUAACCUUCAUAUCAGAGGAGGAUAUAUCUUACCCUGGCAGAAACCAGAGAACAAUACAUAUUACAGUCGGAAGAAUCCUUUAGGACUGAUCGUUGCCCUAAGCGACAGUGGAACAGCUCAAGGAUCGUUCUUCUGGGAUGAUGGAGAAGGAAUAGACACAGUUGAGAGAGAACAAUAUCUGCUGACCUCCUUUGCAGCAGAAUCCAACAACCUGUCCAAUCAGGUCCUCCACAAUGGCCUGGCCCAUGCUGACCAGGUGACCAUGGGUGUGGUUAAGGUUUGGGGCGCAGGCAGUGUUAAGAUUACAGAGGUGACCCUAACAGACAUGACUGGAACGACACAUCCACUGACCCCGCAGCACAACCUUGACACUCAGGAGCUGAUUAUAGAUGCUACUCCAAAGUCUGUCCGUGUGGAUCAGCAUUUUACUAUAACAUGGAGGACCAGCGUCUGAUCAGAAGACAGUUUUUGUGUUUUGCUGGUAAUAAUUAAUAUACCUGUACAUAAUGGUACAUUGCCAUAGAUUAUGAUGUAAAGUAAAUGCAAUGUUUUUUUGAACAUAAAAUCACCUUAUACCAAUAUAUUUCUACUUUGGUUGCAUUUCACAACCUAAUUGAAACUUUUUUCUUUUUUUUUUUACAUUAGUGUACCAUUAAAUCUUAAGUAACAUUACAUCAGAUUGAGUACAGGCUGAGUAAUGCCAAGACAAAACAUGUUUUUACAAUAAAUAACUUUGGAUGGUAACUGUUUUGUGUUUCAAUACCCUCAGACUAUAAAUCAUUAAAGUGCUUGAUACUGAAAAACUUGUA